ACGUAGUGGUUAACCGCUGGUGCAUUUGAAAUAUCAAAACGGCGAACAGGCAAGAAGCAAGAAUGUUAGCGACAGAGUGCACAAGACGCGGAUAUUGUAAAUAAGGGCCACUCAAUUGGGAGGGUAGCCUGUGAACUGGGGACGAGCAAGGCCACGUUGGAACCGGAAUAGCUUGAGACUUCAAGCAAACUUGCCUCGUGUGUUCGAUGCUUCUUAGCUACCUUUCGCGGUUCGAGCUACCUUAGCAGAACACUCAAUUUGCCUAGUACGCAAGAAUCAUUCGAGAUUGAAUCAUGCUCGAGGCAAAACUAGCUGCGUGCGAAUUUGUUGGCAACUGAGCGUAAACUGUACCGGACAAUCGGUAUCGCGACCAGUGCACAGAAAACGAUUGGAUAAUAGCCUUCAUAUCACGGCACGCUUAUCUCGUCUUUACGACAAUUCGAAAAGAUGUCCUUUGGGCGCGUAUUGAACUUUAAUAAGAAAGCGGUCAAAGUCUUUUUCGACAACCUAAGCACUUUGGUGGAGCCAUACAAUUUUGCAAAACAUAAUUACGUCAAUGUAAGACUGAAUCCUAUUUUGCUAGCAACUCGAGAGAGAGAGAGAGAGAGAGAGAGAGAGAGAGAGCAGGAGAAUAGUUAUGACAGUAGUUUGGCUUGUUCCUACCGUUACGCUACCGUCAUUCCGUCAUCGGCAGUAGAAGCCGCCAAUCGUUUCAUGUCUAGCCAUUGUCAAUCGACGUGACCAAAAAGUACCGUGCAUCAUUGAGGAACACAACAGGCAGCAUCUUCGUUAGUGUAGAGCUAGUCGAAAUCAUUCAUUUGAACAAAGCUUUCGCAACAAGAGAAUCCAAGUGAGAUCGAGUUUAGUUAGCUCUAAAAAGCAGCGUUGACAUCGUUACAUCUGUUCCGCCGCUCGAAUAAGCUAUUAAAACUCUUAGACGUAGCAGUCUUAAAGCUUGACCUGACACAGCUAAACAGGUUUUUGUUACGCCAGAAGGAUUUCAAUCUAUGACAUCCCCGGAUCGGCAAAGGGGGCACGCGAGAAAUCAUUUACGGUGGCAGAUAUUGUUGGAGAGUUUCAAACGACAAAUCUCUUUCUGCUGGACGAGAAUACAUUCACAGAAGGUGGCUUUCUUCCUUUGGUGGUGCAAACUGAUAACAGCCAGGGCCGUCAAGCCAGCACGGGGUGUUAACUGCUGGAACAGCUGUUAAUCCGCGGAAAUAGAGGCUAAGUUGCGGGCAAGUCCGUUGCUCUAUCGCAGUGAGCAAAAGGCAGAAUCCGUAAAUCAUCCCGUUUUUAAAAAUUUUAACUAUUUAAUAGAAUUCAAUUGUGCUGUCCAAAUUUAUAUGCUGCUCAAAAAUAUCUGUUUUCUUUAUAAAAUAGUGAAAUAUUUAGAGGAUGCCCAAUUGCCCAAAAGACUGACCGUUCCAUCCAAUCAUACUGAUUGGCUUGUUCACACGGAAUCCUAAGUGGCUGGUGAAAUCUGGUGGGACUAUAUGACACACGUGCCCAAAUCAAUAGCUACAGUACUCCAGGAGAACACUGUGACAGUCCAUGAUGGACUCUCGAAGCUGUCGGCGUUCACAGAACCUACGAAGGUACUCCAAGCUUUCACUUCAGGAAAUCAACGACAAUCGCUAUGUUACGAACGUCAUUUACGUUUUAACCAAUUAAAUGCCAUGAUAAGGUCAAAUAAUGCUAGCCCAAACUCAUCUGUAGCGUUACGAUUUUAUCCUGAGAGCCUUCUUAGCGGCGAGGAGUUCCAGCGGAUGAGGACAGGCUAUAUUCCGCAAAAAAUUACGCGCGUAAUACCAUUUAGAAAAAGGCCAACAAAGAGAACAGCUGAGGAGUACCUCAACUACGCUGAGCAAGGACUAGUGACUCCAGUAAAAAAUCAGAAGGAGUGUGGCGCAUGUUACGCUUUCACGGCCUUGUCGGUGCUCGGAUCAGCGUUUCUGAGAAAGUUUGGUAAAACAACGGAUUUCUCUGAACAGCAGGGAAUUGACUGUACGUUCAGCCGUUAUGAUGUUCGCAUGAACCGUGGCUGCCAUGGAGGGCAUCCGUACUACGUCCUGCUGUACGCAAAAACAAAGCAAUUCGUUAGUCAGACGAAUUAUCGCUAUCACAACAGACUGCAGCAUUGCAACAUUGUCGAAAAGGCCCAGACUGUAUCCCUGCGCGCAGGUGUGGUAGAGUCCGAUGGAAGUGACGAGGCUCUCAUGCAAAUCUUGCGAAAAAUGGGCCCAGUAUCUGUCGCUAUCAGUGUAGGUGACUCGGACUUCAAACAUUACGGUGGAGGCAUAAUUACGCAAUGCGGUACGGUUCCCGAUCAUGCCGUUGUUUUAGUGGGAUAUAGAGUAUCUGAUGAUGCUGAAGGAUCUUACUGGAUUAUCAAGAAUUCCUGGGGUACCAAGUGGGGUGAAAAUGGAUUUGCCAGGAUUCGCAUGGGGGCUUGUAAUAUAUCCGAGGACAGGCCCGUCGCUGUUAUUUUAAAAUAAUCUGUAUGACAUCUAGGAACUGAAAUCAUUUCCUAUUAGUUUUCAAAACUAGGAACGUUUAUACAGUCCGUUCGCGUACAUUGAUGUUUCGAAAUUGCAAAUUAUAAUGUAUAUGAUUCGUUCGAAUUAGUAGCUAACACGAGUUCCUAACUAAGGCUAGUUAUGUUAGCAUGUAAUAUUUAAGUUAACUGGGUACUAAAAUAGAAGUCAUCUGUAUUUUUAGACUUACAUUGAUAUGAUUACAUUGAAAGUUAAAAAUAUACUGUGGGAUUAGUGCAUGUUCCUUUCUUAGAGUAGGUUUAAGCCUGUUUGGCAGUGGUUUUAUUUUUAUUAAAAAUUAAUAAAUACUUACUUUUAUCUCUACUGAAACAGUGCAUCCUAUGGAGGUGAAACGCAAUAGAUUAUAAAUUUUCCAUACGGUAAUCUUCUUGCUAAUAAAAAAUC